ACGUAAGCGUGUCUUGAACCAUCUAGUCAGAGGGAGUGGAAACCUAUAAGAGCAAGCAACAGCCGGCCAGACUCACCAGUUGUAUUACUACCAGCUGCAGGCAAUGAGUACAUUUGGGGACUACUUGACGAUGUCAUCUAUUCAAGAAGACGAAAGCUUAAGCCACUGGAUCACAAACUUGAUUCAUUUGCUCAAAGUGCUCGUCGUCUUGCAGGAUGUCUGUCAUCAGUGGAUGCAGUACGAGCAGUACAGGCAGUACGGGAAGAGGACACACCAUCGGUCACUACCGUAUCGUGCGAACUCUCGGUUCGGGAACAUACGGCAAAGUAAAGCUCGCAGAAGACUUGAACACGGGCAAAAAGGUUGCCUUGAAGCUGAUUGAGAAGUCGAGUAUUAAAAACGAGAAGGAAAUGCAGCGCGUACGGCGUGAGGUAGCGAUUCAGUCAGCACUACGGCAUCCGCACAUCGUGGAGAUAUUCGAAGUAAUGGAAGACAAGCAGCGAAUAAUACUGGCGAUGGAAUACGUAAGCGGAGGCGAACUAUUCGACUACAUAGCGACGAAAAAGACACUCUCAGAGACAGAAGCGAGACGCACGUUCAGACAAGUUGUGGCGGCGGUGCACUACUGUCACGAGAACGGUGUGACACAUCGAGAUCUGAAGCUCGAGAACAUACUGCUGGAUGAAGACAAGAAUGUCAAGAUUAUUGACUUUGGACUUUCCAACACGUUCAGUCCGGACGCCUAUCUUUCUACGUACUGUGGCAGUCCGUUGUAUGCGGCACCAGAAAUGAUCCGAGGUAUCAAGUAUGUUGGACCCGAAGUUGAUUGUUGGAGCUUGGGUGUUCUCCUCUACACACUUGUCUGCGGUACCAUGCCGUUUGAUGACCGAGAUCCGAGGAAUUUGGUUCGAUGUGUCUCCAGUGGUACUUUCCACAUACCCAGACGGAUGCCUACUGGCGUUCGCAGGCUUGUCAAACAUAUGCUGUCUCCCAAUCCAGACCAUCGGGCUAACAUAGAAGAUAUCAAUAGACAUCCCUGGUUGUCUGAGGGAUAUGAUGAUACUCCGAGUGAAGAGGUCAAACCGAAACUCCUUGCUCUAGCAUCGAAGGCAUCGAUGACACGAUUUGCAAGUCGGACCUCACUGAACCGACACAGGACAUUGAGUCUUCAACAUUCGGCUCCUCAUCCACCGACCACCGGUUGCCCCAAUCCUGUCAAUCGACGAAGAUUCAGUGACCAAAAACACCCUGCACUUGGAGGGAUGAGUGUCAAUAGGGAUUGGCUAUCGAUGAGUAGUCCUGAGAGUUCACCCGUACGGAUGCCCAAGCUCUUGAGCCCUGUUCACCAGAGGAUACUCAAACUACAGCAUGAAAGCAUCUCGGAGAGCAGCAGUGAUGAGAGUACUGGUUCGAGUGCUGCUAACCUUAGCAACAGUAGUCUCUUUUACAAAGUCAAUCGACCGAGAGUAGAGUCGACACAAAGUACAGACAGUGGCUACGCAGAACAUUUGGAAGACGUGAAAACCGAGAUUCUUUCGGCUAUCAGGAAGCCUGAUGUCGAUGAUUCAGAACUGAAUGUUGAUAAUAGAUCAACGGUGCUCUCUACUGUGUCGAUCCAAUCGGACAAGAAGGGACGAACGCGAUUGACAGACAGAGUUGUACGGAAGCUGUUUGGACAACUUCUCAAAGGGUCAGAUAUACUAACGAAAGCGAACUAGAUGCACAGUGACAGAACAUAGAUUUUUAUUCUGUUUACUAGUGUAUAUACUAUUGUAUUAUAAGAGGUUUUCAUAACAUGUGUAAAUCCACGGACAUGAACAGGUUUAGACCGAAACACUGGGUUUUUAUAAGCAAGAGUUUUUAUGAUAAUAUUUGUAAAAGAAAAAUAGAAAAGAAUUGAUGUCAA